GGGCACAGGUGGGUGGCACUGGUGGGCACAGGUGGGUGGCACAGGUGGGUGGCACUGCUGGGCACAUGUAGGUGGCACUUCUGGGCACAGGUGGGUGCACUGCUGGGCACAGGUGGGGGCACUGCUGGGCACGGGUGGGCGGAGCUAGUGGGCGCACUGCUGGGCGGAACUUGCGGGUGUCACUACUGGGCACCGAUCAUCAGGGCACUGAUCAUCAGUGCCCUGAUGAUCGGUGCCGAUCCCUGCUCUGACAACUGGCGGUUCUCGGCAGUACUUUCCUCACGAUCUGACAGCGUGAGGAAAGUGCAGCCGAGAACCGGCACUUGC